GUACGGCGUGACCCUGACUGGGGAAAUCUUGACGACAAAUAAUCUGAGCCUUUGCUCUUUUGGCUUCAGCACCGUCAAACCACCAUCAAAACUCCCAAAUGGCAAAUGUAUAGACUGCAGUUCAAGGGUCUAAUGCGCAAUGGCCGUUCGUCAGCUGUUGUCACUGUGGUAAAUCUGCAGCAAAUCCGUCAAAAAGGUCCAGAUCUUCUCUUUACAUGUACUUAACAAUUCGACCAUUAAAAACAUUUCUUUAUACACAGCCCACACGUUUAAAUUGGCCCUCACUUUGUUUGUACACCCAAGAUACACGAUCUUCGGGCUAUAAAACUGACGCGUCACUGCAAGGCCAAACCAACUUGACUUCAUUCCUGACAUACAGUGGCAUGGCGUGGCGCAAUCCAUAGCUUUAACAAAGCCACAGUUGACUGUAUCUCCAAAGAUAGCUGCGUUACGCAUGUGGAACCUUUUGUUUCUGCUUAAACUCCGGUUUAGUCGACUUCAGAACUACAGGAUGGCCACGUUACAUUAGAGCACAACGUCUGCCAUCUGCGAAUACCACUGCAAAACAGGUCAACUCACUUUAAUGAGCUGUCUUUACCAAUGUGUGUUAGAGGAAAGGUAACCAGGCAGGGAAAAUCAUCUUGACAUCUGCAUCUUUCACGUGUUCUCCACCCCAACCAUGAGGGACAGACUGGGCCACCUGCAUGAGAUGUCCAACGGCCAUGUGGAGCCAAUGGAGUAUUCUGAGUCCAAUGUCUCUCACUCAUUCAGUAAUGUUGACCUGGAGGAGGAGUUGUCCCAUGAGGCAGUUGUGUUUGACAACAGCCCUGCUCUGGAGGAGGUCUUUUCUCAGACACAAGAUAUCCAAAGAGAGAUCCAAUUAAUUCGUCUAGAUAUUAAAAGGAUGCGUGAGCAGAACUCUCGCAUGCUCCAGGGUGUCACCACCAUGAGUACCAUUAAAAGGGAUUCUAACGUCAUUGGUGCUGAUAUAAAGGCUCGGGCUGAAGGUGUGCUAGCACGCCUGCGUGACAUGGACAGCACAACUCAUAAGCUGGAAGAAGCACAUGGCUCAAAUUCUGCCAUCACACGUAUCGCUAGAACCCAAUAUGCUUGUCUCAGCAAUGGUUUUCGCGAUACCAUGUUUGAAUAUAAUGAGGCUGAGAUGAGCCAUCGUGAGAACUGUAAAGCCCAGAUCCAAAGGCAGAUGGAGAUAGUGGGGCGUGAGGUGACAGGAGACGAAGUGGAGGAUAUGAUUGAGACGGGUCAGUGGAACAUCUUUAAUGACAACAUUGUGGCUGAAGGUAAAACUACAAGAUCAGCUCUGUUCCAGAUUGAGAAACGCCACCAAGAGUUGGUGGACCUGGAGGCGCGUAUCAAGGGCAUCCAUGAGAUUUUUCUAGACAUUGCCCUGCUGGUGGAGGAGCAGGGUCCUAUGCUGAACGCUGUUCAAACCAACGUCCAGAAAACUGAUGAAGGUAUACAGGAGGCCAUUGUCAAACUCGGUAGGGCCAAGCGUUAUGACAAAAGCAACCCCUUUAAAAAAAUGUGUUGCAGCUGCUUCCCAUGCUACAAGUAAUGACAAGAGCGCAGAGUACCUUUUUCCACGAAGUAAAAAAGGGUUUGACAAACGUGAAAACUAUUUGUGUCUAGAUGGAGAAACAAAAAUAAAUGGGUAAAAUAUUUAAAAUUUGUAUUAAAGUAAUCUGUUGAUGUCUGUAAUGUUUGUUCAAAGGUUUGAGACAGGUAUCUUAAAUCAGGUAUGAAGCAGACAUGAAAGAAAUAGUAUUUGGAAAUAUGUUUUUGUAGCUUGCUGAGCUUCCACAUUGGUGUGAUUUGCCAAAUAACACUGAUAAUAACAAAUUAUUCUGAAGACAUGAUACAUGUUUGUUCUGGCCAGCCUGCCUUAUACAGCGUGUCCUGUAAACUAUGAUAGUAAACCCUAAAGAAAUAUUACUACAUGGAAGUUUAGUUCUUAUGUAACUUUUUUUUUUCAAAUGUCUGACAAAUAUGUCGCUACGUGUCAAUGUACAGGAAAAAACUGAUGUCCUAGUUGAAUGAAAGGACAAUGUUUUAGAAAUUGUAAUUAAGCUGCUCUUGAUUUAGGCCAAAAUAUUUUCUGCAUUAUGAAAUGAAUGGUUGAUAGUAAAUUGUCAGUGUUCAGCCUAAUGCACAAUGCUUUCAUUAUUAUUUUUUUUAUGUUUGUCUCUUCUGAGGACACAAGUAACUGAGAAUUGACAACAUUCUGACUAGGAUUUAAUGUUCUGAUAUUAUGAAGGGAAUCACAGAUGAUAUUUUGUGAUGUACAAUAAUCUGUUACUUUCUUGCCUUUGUGUAACUUUAUAUAUAAACUACUAUUGUUGUCUUCAUUCUUGUGAUGUUAUGUAUCAUAUAUUAUUAAAAUACAGCACGAGUCUGAGCGUAU